AAAUAUUUACUUUUUGUUGUUAAAGUUAUAUUGAAAUAGAAAAAAAAAAUAUUAACACAAAAUUUACUAGAAUCAGCUAAAAACAUCUGUUUAUUUUGGCAGCAUGUAAAACCAGGCCAGUGUAUCAUAGUCAAGAUGGACAUUUAUCCCAGUGAAGACAAAUUGCACAUUUUACAACACUACAGCAUCGUCUCAAAUUAUCAUGAUAAAAUAUAAUGAUAUUUUCAGAUUCUGAAGAAUAGAUUUUUACCAUGUAAUGCUCCCAUACAUUUGUACUUCAGUCACAUUCUAAAUCUUAUGUAAUAAUCUUGUAGCCAUAUGUUAAUUGUCAGGGACCAGAUGAUAGUCAGAUAUCACAUGGAAUAAACAAAUUUAUUUGUACCGCAAGUACAGGUGGGUUUUUUUGUAAACACAGGGGUGUGGAUAAAAACACACACUGGGUAAUUUUUUCAGCUAAAACAGAUUAUUGUUUCAACACAGUGAAUUGUAACUUGAACAGCCCCAAUAUGGAAUUCAAAAUGCCUUUGAAUGUUUGUCCAUGCUUUAUAGGCUUGUUAGAUAAGAACUCAAUUGUAAUUUGAUGUUUUUUUGUUUCAUUUUUUUUUCAGUUGGAGUUGAGUAGGCCUACCUGCCAUGCCCAGAUACCUUGGGUUAAAUUAUUGGCAUCAGAUAGUAAUCCAACGACGUGAGUUCUUCAGCCAAUCUUUACUAACGGUGCCACACCAUCUGGAGCUAACUGAAACUUAUGUGCACAAAGACUACAAAGGAGAUUAUUCAUCUUGGAAAUCUGUGCUUAGUGAGCACUAUCAAGAAACAGUUGAUGACGAUACUACAACUUUAGAAAGAACCUGUUUAAAGGAAAUUAAUGUUCUUUGUAACAUAGAUGAAGAUGAAAUACUAGAGAAAUUUGAAAGUGAUGCUGUUUCAAAGCAAAUUGGAGGUGUUUUUGAAGUUAUUCCCAAUUCCAACCCAGAAUCUUUGUUCAGUUCUGAUUCUGAUGAGGUUGACCUUCUUCGUGCUUGUGACUUUACCACUGAAAAGAGAUUUGAAGUGUUUGAAGAAGAAAAUCUUGAUAACUACCAAAAUGGAUUUGAGAAAGAUUGCCUCGAAGAUGUUUUCACCAGUGACAAUUUCAGCAUUAUCCGAGACAAAAUUCCUCAUCAUGAUCUGUUACUUAAGCGACUACACUCCAAAUCAUUGCAGGAUCCUUUGGCUGAUGCAAAUGGUCAAGUUGACACUGAAAAAACUAUUUUUGGUGACAGUUUGAAAUUUUCUACCACAUCGGAAAAUCAGUUUGGAGCUGAUCUCUGUACAUUGAUUGGUUUUGAAGUGUUUGAAAAACACAUGGACAACAACAAAGAAGAGAAUGAACUUGAGGAAAUACUUACUCCGUUUCAACAUGAAACAAGUAAUGAAUUGUCUAGAAGUUUUUUCAUUAAAGACACAGAUGAAAAUUACUUGAAAAGCAUGCCACUUCUUGAAUCUUCUGAGGAUGUGCAAGAUGAACUAUUUUCAGAAAGAAAACAUAACAUUGAAUCUGGAUCAUUCUCACCCAUAGUCAUAAAUACAAGGACAUUUGUGGAACUUAAUAAUGACCCCAAAGAUGAAUUGGAUUUAUCAAAAGGUUUCAUGGAAUCACCACUUCUGUCACCUGCUUUGGCUGUUCAGCUAGAAAAUAAAACGGAAGAUUUUCUGCAGAGGUUCCAAGCUCUUCAACCACUAGUUAAAUCAUUUUCACCCACAGAUAAAGUGAUUUUUCUGAGACAGUUUGAGAUGAAGACAUUGACAAAUAAAGUUUGGCAACAUGAAAAGUAUUUUGAUGAAAUCUUAGCCUUACGUCUUCAAGAACCUGAUACUGAAGGUGGAACUGUUUGUCUUAAUACAGAGUUUCUUGCCAUCAGAGACGUAAAACAACAGUUGCAGCUUGUCUCACAAACUGGACUUGGUGAACUGGAAUUACAACUUUCAUGGGAUAUUUUCCAAAUCAUCAAGGAUUUGAUGGUCAGUGCAUCGAAACUUGAAAAUCUGGAUUACACAGUAAGAGAAAAACAUACAAAGGGUGUUUCAUCUUUCAUUGAAGAAUUCCACAAAUUCGAUAGUGAUCAGUUUUAUGAUUUGACCGACAGCAUGAUGGAUAGACAAGCAUGUUCAACAGCCAAUAUAUCAGGUUUAUCAGCCAUAGUUCAAGCUGUCAGUCCUCAGGUCCAAAUGUUGGGAUUUAUGAAACAAACUGAAACAGGUUCUGAAAACAGGCCCAAGUCUGAGAAAGUCCGGGAAGACACUAAUACAGCUGCCAUUUUAGGUGUAUCAUCUGAUCAAGUAUGCAUGGAUCCUCUUCAGAACUUCUUGUCAAUGAGAAACAUUUCUAUAAUUUCUAAAAGUAAACCAGCAAUAGAUACAGUGUGCAACAAGCCCAGUAAAAGUCCACAAUGCAUUGUAAAGCCAAUUACUCCCAUGACUUGCCAACCAUCUACUGAAGAACACAAGUCUCAACACAGAGUGAUGGAAAUCAAGUUAGCAGAACCCUUUGAAAAGGUUUACUGUUCACUAAGAAAUUGUGCAGAGCCAUACAUCAGUGUUCUUAAAGACAGAGGAGAGAUCAGCAGGGAACAAGACUUCGAUUCCUUGGACCCAGACAGCACCAAGUUUCUCUUGAAGCAAAGAGAAAAGAGUGUCCUCGACUUGCAUGAAGACAGUUCGUCUGAUGACACAUAUCGAACUCUGCUGAUUGUUCAUGCGCUCUGUGGUGCUGCUGAUCUCCUAGUUCACUGCUGUCUCAAGUCAGCAAUAAGCUACCUCAGUGCCAUGCAGGAAAAACAUCGGACAGUACUGGGUGGAUCUUUGCAGGAUGUCAGACAAAAAUUGUUUUUGCAUCAAUGCAGCUUCCAUCAGAAAUCCAUUUUACACCCAAAAAUAGCAUCAGUUUGUAAGGAGGUUGAAAUUAUUCUUAAUACAGACAGCAAGCUUCCAGAAAACGUAGUACAGGUCUUGAUAGUACUUAAACGACCACUGCAGACAUUGAUGCUAUCACUGAAAAAUGCUUUAUCGACCAACAGUGAUAUUACUCCUGUUAUACUUGAGUCAUCUGAUGAUUUUUCUACAGAAAGUAUUCAAGGACAUAACUGUGUGCUAGCUUCUGUAACACACAUUACAAAAUGUGUUUCACUGGAUUCAUUUACUCUGGUUAUCGAAUAUGAGUAUCAAGUGGGAUCUUCCUUGGAAAAUACUUGUGCCACACAAAACAUAGACUUCAUUGGAUACCAUGUUCAUGAUGCAGCUAGCAAGACAUCCUCUGAUACUAGAGUCUCAACCAAAGACUUCAAACCAGAGAUCCUAAUUCAAGUUACUGUUGUUGGGUCUCACUUAAUCACACAUGAAAAGGUGCUUCUGCAGAUUCUUGAGUCAAGACAUAAUAUUGCUGUCUUUGAAAGAGACUAUGAAAAUCUGCUAUUGGACAAAAAACUUUACUUUGCUGAUAUAGUGAUUGAUGAAAAGCAUGGCGUUGUAAUCCACCUGUUAAAAGACUUUACUGAAGACUGGCAGGUAGAACAGCUAACCCGGAGACUGGUUUCUCUCAGUCUACAGCUGUCAUUCUGCUGGGUAAUUCUCUACUCGUUUCAGACAGAAGGGUACAUAUUCUCCAGUGGUGUUAUUUCAAAUGUCUGGAAGCUCCAGGCAGCUUUGGCCAACAUAUCUAACAAGUCGGACCAGUUCCAGUGUACUUUUAAGAUUCUUCUGAGCUCCAGCCAAGAUGACAUGGCUUGUCUGGUUAGAUCAUGUUGCAACCACUGCAUAGACGUAUCAUCAGUGUGGAAGGAAGACAACUGGAGUCGCAAAUGGAUGAAAGAAGAAACGAGUCCGGAAGAAUGUUUUCUGCUUGGUUUUCCAUGCCUGAAUUCAUUUAGUGCACAGCUUCUCUUAUCAAGGGCUUCACUUGGUCAACUUCUGUCAGCUGAUUUUAGGACUUUAUCAACCAUUGCCCCAGAACUACCAAACAAGACCAUUACACUCUUUCAAAAAUUGGUCAGGUGUGAUUCUGGUUUGAAGUUACGUACUGGCAGUCCAAAAAGUGAAGACAAUUCCUUUCCUGGAGAUAAUAAUAAAAAAGAACUAGGAUAUUGUACUGGAGCAAUGAUACGCAAACCCGAAGCAAGGGAAAUAAUUCACUAUGCAGAGAUGCCCUCACAACAGUAUGGUUUUCCAAAAGAUCACUCUAAUAUUGAAGAAAAGUGUGAAAAAGAUAUUGACAAGAAAAUUCUUAAAGUAAAGGCAGUUCCAAGUAGAUAUGAUAUCACCGACAUUCCUCAAGAAGAGACUUACUUUUCUAACACUGAAUGUAAAGUGGUACUGGGAAGUAAACACAAGCUUUAUGAUUUGCAAACAGAUACUUCAGACACAGAAGAUGGAAUGUCUUUACCAUGUAUGAAGCAAUGUGAACAUCCUAGCCAGGAAUUUCAUGACAGCACAAAUCUGUACAAUUCCCAGGAAUAUCACAAACCAAAUCAGUAUGUCCUGGCAGAAAUGGAAGCAAAAAAUCUACAAAUAAAAACUAAACAGUUUCACAGAGACCUGGACAGUGAUCUGGAUUUUGAAAAUACAAUUGUAGUUCAUUCUCAAGGUAGAAGCUCUCAACCAGUUCAUGGCAACACAAGACCAGGGGACUUACUGGAAAGCAUGCCACAUGUAAAUCAUUUAAUUAAUCCAAGAGAAACAGAGUCAAAACCAACGGCAAAAGAAUGUAUUUAUUCCUCUGAUGAAUUCUUUAACAACCGGAUGCAAUUUCAAAGUAAGGAAAAGGGUAAUUUUAAUUCUGUUGAAUUGACAGAGUCUGACUCACCUAUUUCCAUCAAGCAUGCCACAAUUCUAGAAGAAUAUCAGACAUGUCUACCAGAAACCCACUCUAGAAGAAAAGGUUUUAAAAUGCCAAUGCUUGACAAAAGACCAUUUGACUUUGAAAUUCCUUCAAGAUCUAAAGAGUUUAAGAAGCAAGAUGAUUUUAAUAUUGUGCCAGAUGGUUUAUCAUCACAAUCUCUACCAAGUUAUAUCAGAAAGGCACAAAAGAUUAGUGAGAGUUUCUGGUCAGAAGAGUUCCGUAAGUCGAGACAACCUCCACUAACAAGAUUGAAAGAGGAUUCUUAUUGCAUGACAUCACUGCCAAGGAGACCAGUUUUAAAACAUCACUUUGCUAACAGCCUGAUCAGACCACCACUGCAAAGAAUCAGUGUAGGACUUGCUCAACCACUUAGAAGAACAAGGAAUGUGGAAACUGAAUCAACACAAUCUGCAGAUUCACAGCACAACCAGACCGAGAGGUGGACAACAGGACCAGAUUCUCCUCCGAUGGAUUUCGAGCCUGAACCUCAGUCACCAAAACUACACACUUACAACACUGCAAAAAAUAAGGAUGAGGAGUAUUUGAUGCCAAUAACUAGCCAGUGGCAAAAAUGUGCAGCUGUGAAAGAUUCACAUACCUCUUGGUAUGGAAGAAAUGACAUUGUAAAUGAAGAUUUUGCAUCAUCAAAGAAAAAGAAACUCACGUACAAGCCACUUCCAGGCAAACAGUCUGGACAAACAAUAUUAACUUUCAGAUGAAUACUGUCGAAUUGAAGAAAAGAUGUUUUAUUGACAGAGACAUUAGAUACACUAGUUUUAAAUAUAAAUAGGAAUUAAUUUAAGCUUUUAUUGUUUUUCAAAUUUUUUUUUACCAGUUGUUAUAUAUUGCAGACAUUAAAUUGCCAUAUGCAUCCGAAACAUUUGCAGACUAAAAAUUCAAUAAAAAGUGUACACUGACAA